AUGGAGACGCCAGACAAUACCCAGGCAGACAAAAACACAAGGCCAUACCGAUCUCGACUACAGCCAGCCUGCAACUCCUGCCGAAAACGCAAGUCCCGAUGCAAGACCGCGGGUUCCUCAAGCGCAUGUGUUACCUGUCAACUGCACGGGACUGAAUGUGUCUAUCCUCGGGCGACAGAUGAUAUUCCGCAGCGGAAUCGUACACCGCGGAGGUUGGCGGCCAAGACGAGGCAGGAGGGUGGUAAUCGGCCAGCAUCAACCCCGACUAGCCAGAUACGAAGGACGAUUUCAAGCUCUCAUUACAGUCCGCAGGUGUUUCCACAACUUCCGGGUACAGGAUAUCACCCUGUAAAUACAUCUGAGAGUCUACCUGGGGCAACAGAGCAUGAGACUAGACACGAAGGCCUGUUCUCCAACUUCAUGGGCAUCGUGGCCGAGACUGGGGAUGAUAGCUCUCACAUAGUCAGUCCAGCAGUUGUAAACGACAACGACGUCCUGGAGAGCUACUUAUCCACCAUUCCAGGUGCUCGUAGAAGAUGUCUGAUCCGACCAAGUUUCGAUUCCGGAAGGACCAUCAAGCCAGUGCUAUUCAACACCGUAUCAAGACGACCGUUGGGUAUAAACACGAAGCAAACCCUAGCAGCAACAAAGUGUGAAUAUAUUGAGAAAUAUCUCGAGCCGGGUGUGGAGGAUGUCGUUGACUUAUACUUCCAAAACGCAAACAUAUGUUUCCCGAUAUUCGACGAAGCAUCCUUUCGAAAUGUCUACCGCACACACAAAGAAAAGAUCUCACCAGCGCUGCUCUGCAACUUGUAUGCCAACGCGUUAAUCUAUUGGGAAAACUCACCCAAAUUACGCUCCCUCCGCCCACCCGAUGUCCGUUUCAUCUGGAACCAAGCCAACGAGGCCCUGCACUCAGAGUUAUUCUUGUCUCCGGGAAUUUCAACGGUUAUGGCAAUCAUUCUUAAUGUCUGCGGUAGACCGAGUACCUCGAUGUUCGGUAAUGGAGGGAUGAUUGGUACAGCGGUUGCUUUGUGUAAUGCAUUAGGUCUCAACCGUGAUCCUUCGAAUUGGAAUAUAUCACUGCUGGAGAAGAAGUUUCGGAUUCGAAUUUGGUGGUUGGUCAACUUGCAUGAUUCUUGGUGCAGCUUAGCAUACGGAACACCACACCAAAUCAACCGCGCCCAGCACGAUGUACCCUUCCUGAAACUAGAAGACCUCUGGGAUGCCUCUUCCACACCAGAUCAAAAAGCAGCACCAUCCAUCUUCAUCGCCCUAACGACUUUGACCGACGUCCUAGGCCGCUACCUCGAACACAUCUACCAAGUUUCAAAAACCAACAACCCAUACCCCCCAGAGGUGCAAUCCGCUACAUACUUCGAGCACAUCCUCAGUAAAUGGGAGGAAUCGUUACCAGACGAUAUCCGCAGACUAGUCCUCCGCGGCACGUAUCUGAAUACACCAGGAGCAGCUAAUUUCCGACUGGCUUAUCUAGCUGUUAAACUUCUCCUUCGACGCAUCCAGCUCGAUCUCGAUACUAAAGAUGCUGCCGUUCAUGUUGAAGAAAACGCAACUAUAUCGCCAUUUUAUUUACAAGCGCAGAGAGCAGCUGAAGAUAUCGUCCAUCUAAUCCAGGAAUUAGACGAGUCCCAUUUCCGGGGAUUCUGGAUUCCCGUUAAUGCAUUCUCACUAACCUCAGCCACGACGUUCCUCCUACGCAGUGGUCUUCGAAUGAGAACCUUAACCUCAACUAGUGGCAAUGCACCACUAAGAAUAGCGAAGGAGAUGAUAAGCAAACUACAUUCCCAUCGAUUACAUUUUUCGUGGGACCUUGCGGACCAUUGUCUCGCUAGUUGUAGUGAUUUGGUGGAGAAGAUAAGUUCUGUUGAAGCCGGGGGCGAUGGCUUGGGGGAUACGAGUUUUUUGGAUUUUGAGAAUCAAGUUGAUGUGGAUUUAUCAGCGUUGGAGGAUUUUUUAGGAUGGGUUCCCGGGGUUUGUGGAUGGGCUUGA